UAAUAAACUUAAGAGUACAUUAAUUUUCUGUUGAUUUCAGAGUCCUACGAAUUUCGCAUCUAUUACUUUGGAAAUCAACCAUUCUGGCGAGAAGUUCCAAGUGCACACGCCAAAAUGGACAUCGGGGACACACUUUCUAAGCUCACGCUUGAUGAGAAGAUAGAGCUUAUCUCAGGAGCCGACUUUUGGUGCACCAAGGCAGUCCCGCGUCUAGGCAUACCAUCGCUGCGCAUGUCUGAUGGGCCGAAUGGCGUUCGAGGAUCACGUCUGUUCAAUGGUGUACCGGCUGCUUGUACCCCUUGCGGUACAGGAUUGGCUGCGACUUGGGAUGUGGAUGCUAUCCGGACUAUCGGCCAGAUGAUGGGUACAGAAGCUAUCGCAAAGGGUGCUUCCCUCCUCUUAGGACCUACGGUCAAUAUUCAGAGAUCACCUCUUGGUGGACGUGGGUUUGAGAGUUUUAGCGAAGACCCAGUUCUCUCCGGAAAGAUGGCCUCUUCUAUCGUACAAGGUAUUCAAUCCACCGGAGUGGUUUCCGUGAUCAAACACUUCGUGGGUAAUGAUCAAGAAGAGCAGCGCCAAAAGUCCGACUCCAUUAUUCCUGAACGAGCACUCAGGGAGGUAUAUCUACUUCCCUUUCAAAUUGCCGAGAAGGAAGCAAGGCCGAAGGGAUAUAUGACGGCAUACAAUAGGGUUAAUGGAAUCCACGUCAGCGAAAAUCCUCGAUUUCUCCAGGAGAUUUUACGAGAUGAAUGGGGAUUUGACGGUAUCAUCGUGAGCGAUUGGUACGGAACAUACUCUGUUGCUGAGCCGAUAAAUGCCGGUCUCGAUAUCGACAUGCCUGGACCGACGCGUUGGCGAGCAGGGCUUGCGAAACUUUCUGUCAACUCUAGCAAAGUAUCGAAGCGCGCUCUAGAUCAGCGUAUCCGUGCGAUUCUAAAGACCGUUGAUCGAGUAGCGUCACUUAAGCUCGAGGAGAACGUGACUGAAGGAACUGUCGAUACGCCAGAGACGGCCAAGAAACUCCUAGACGUCGCAUCAUCCGCGAUCGUUCUUUUGAAGAAUGAUCGAAAUGUUCUUCCCUUGGAUAAAGGGAGGACUACAGCAAUUAUUGGACCAAAUGCGAAAUUUGCAGCGUACAGCGGCGGCGGCUCGGCGAGUCUACGACCAUAUUACGUCGUGACUCCGUUCGACGGUGUUCAAACCCACAUUCAAUCAUUAAAAUAUGCAUUGGGCGCAACUGCAUACAAGAAGUUACCGAUGCUCACAUCCAUUACCAAAGCCCCUAAUGGUGCACCUGGGAUGGAGAUGCGCAUUUACGCGGAGCCCCACUCCGUAAAGGACCGGAUUCCUAUUGAAAAGUUCAACAUCGAUAACUCGAGCUGCUUUCUGAACGACUACAAGCACCCGAAUAUUCCAUCCAAUCUUUUUUACGUUGAAGUAGAAGGCGCCAUCACUCCGGAGAUAGACGCGGAAUAUCUAUUUUCUUUAACAGUCAAUGGCAGCGGCCGCUUGUAUGUGGAUGGCGAAGAGGUUGUAGAUAACGAAACAACUCAACGACCAGGAGACUCGUUUUUCGGCUCCGGCACGGCUGAAGAAAUUGGUAGCAAGCAUCUCGUUCGGGGACAGAAGUACAACGUUCUCGUACAAUUUGGUACCGCCCCCACAUCGAAGAUCGCCAAAGGUGGUGCAACGCAAAUGGGCGUCGGCGGUUUACAGAUUGGUGGAUGUGCUAAGACGGACCCUACGGUACUUCUCGAGGAAGCUGUCGCAGUCGCGCAGAGUGUCGAUCAAGUCAUUCUCUGCGUAGGGUUGAACUCCGAAUGGGAGUCCGAAGGCUGGGACCGAGCAAAUAUGGAUCUCCCACCUGGAUCGGAUGCUCUUGUCGAAGCGAUUACUGCUGCGAACCCGAAUGUUGUGGUUGUGAACCAGUCAGGGACCCCCGUCACGAUGCCUUGGGUGGAAAAGGUGCCGGCAAUCGUACAUGCCUGGUACGGCGGCAACGAGACCGGCAACGCGAUCGCAAAUGUCUUAUUCGGCGUGACUAACCCAAGCGGCAAACUACCACUAAGUUGGCCCGUCAGAUUAGAGGAUAAUCCCGCGUUUAUCAAUACAAGGAUUGAUGGCGGUAAGGUAUUAUACGGUGAAGGAGUCCACGUCGGAUACAGGUGGUACGAGAAGAUUAAACGUGAUCCGUUAUUCGCGUUUGGAUAUGGGCUAUCGUACACACAAUUUAAGCUAGAGAACCUCGCCAUUAACGAUAACCCAGAAGACUCGUCGGAUGCGGCCACGGUAACAAUCUCCAUAGAUGCGACGAAUAUUGGUUCUCAAGACGGUUCCGAGGUGGUCCAAGUUUAUGUGGCGCACCAGACUACGACGGUACAGCGACCAUUGAAGGAACUUAAGGGAUUUUCGAAGGUGCACUUGUCGACAGGCGAGACAAAAUCGGUCACAAUCCAAUUAGAUAAGAAGUACGCUUGUAGUUUCUGGGAUGAAAGCGCAGACUCGUGGGUGCUAGAACAAGGGACAUAUCACGUACUCGUUGGAAAUAGCAGUCAGAACACAACGCUUCAGGGACAAUUCGAAGUACAGCAAACACGGUUAUGGAAUGGCCUAUAAAAUAACGCAGGAUUCAAUGUAGGUAACAAUCCGUUACCCAUACGAACCUAUAGGCUAAGUAAUUAUUUAAGU